AUGGCCACGCUGAGUGUGAAGCCAGGACAGAGAUUUUCAGUCCCAGACUGGCACACCAAUGCUAACCUCAUCUCUACGAACGCUGAGCGUCAGCGGUCUGCUUCCCAUCAGAUCCGGCAGGAAGCCAGGACUCUCCGGAAUGAAACUAACAACCAGACACAAUGGGAUGAGCAUGACAACAGAACACGACUCGCUGAACGUAUCGACAGUGUGAACAGAUGGAAGGAGACCUUGGACAAAUGCCUCACAGACAUAGACACUGAAAUUGAUGCCUUAGCCAAAAUGAAGGAGGCAGCGGAACGUGCGCUGCAGGCAAAGAACUUGCCCUUGGACGUGGCGAUUGAGUGCUUGACGCUUCGGGAGAGCCGCCGAGCCAUUGAUGUGGUGAAGGACCCCGUGGAGGACGAGCUGCACAAGGAGGUGGAGGUGAUCGAUGGAGCCAAGAGAGAUCUGCAGCAGAAAGUGAGCGAGGCCUUCGAGCAGCUCUGCCUCUUGCAGGAAGCACGCCAGCAGCUCAACUUUGAUCACCGGGGGAAAAUGGAAGCACUGGAGAUAGACCGAGUCUGUUCCUCCCUCAACGUCAACUCUCCCAACAUCUCGUUCAAGGUCAAUCCAACCCGGGUCCCAAUUGGAUCAACAACGCCUGAGCAGUGGGACCAGUACAGCCAAUACAACAAAGACCGAGCAGAGGCGGAAAUGAAAGCCUCCACUGAGCUGCGGGAAGCCAUAGCACUCACCAUUGCUCAGACAAACAACGAACUGGAAGCUCAGCGGGUGGCCACGGAGUUCGCCUUGCGGAAGAGGAUCCGGGAAUUUGAAAAAGCCUACGACGAGCUGAAAUGGCAGGAGAAGAAUACCUUGGAGGAAAUUGCUGAGAUGGAAGAGGACAUCCGACGCCUCGAGGAAGAUCUCAGGAAGAAAAUGUGGGAUCUAAAACUCGCGCACACUCGCCUGGAGACCCGGACUUACCGCCCCAACAUGGAGCUGUGCCGGGAUCAGGUGCAGUAUGGAUUAACUGAUGAGGUCCAUCAGCUGGAAGGCACCAUCGCCGCCCUGAAGCAGAAGCUUGCACAGUCACAGGAUGCCCUAGACGCUCUCUAUAAACACCUGUACCGCAUCCAAACUGAUAUGAGCUACAAAGCUAACUCCCUGAUGCUGGACAACAAGUGCAUGGACAGCAGGAGAAAACUCACAGUCCCUGCUGAGAAAUUUGUGCCAGAAGUUGACACCUUCAACCGAACCACUAACCGUACCCUCUCACCCCUGAAGAGCAGGCAGCUGGAGCUGGCUUAAUCCACUGGGAACAGCAUUGGGCAAUGGAG